UUCAAGUUUCGAUCAAUCAGUUUCUCACCCUCUCCCGUUAAAAUCCAAAAGGCAAAACAAGUGAAAAAGAACAAAAGGAGAAGAAGAAUGUCAUGGUUAGCUCGAUCCCUAGCGAAUUCCCUCAGUCUCGACGACGAUGGCAAUGAAUCAGCUUCUUCAAGAGAUGAGGAAAACGACGACGUAAGCCAUGACUCCCAAUCAUCGGCUCCUCCACCGCACCUGAUUCAUAACGAGGAAACCGAGGCCAAGGGGGAACACCAAUCGCUGGCCCCCGAACAAGUAGCCGAACUCCAAUCCCAUGGCAUCAAAGAAGAUCUAUCGGAGCUCAAACAAACCCUGACGCGACAACUCUUCGGUGUCGCUUCCUUUCUCGCUCCGCCACCGCCUCCUCCUCCUCCUCCUCUUUCUUCAACGCAAUUCAAUGGCCAAUCGAAUGGUCGAUCAUUCUCUAAUUUGAAUCAACCUGAGCCGUCGGAUCAAUCUAUCUCACGGGACGAGGAGGAUCCGUCUGAUCCUGCCGCGGUCGCGGGGGUUAGAGACGAUUUAGCUGAGAUCGGGGGAACGUUGUCUAAGAUGGCAUCCGACUAUUUUCCGUUUGGACAGGGGGAAAAUGGCGAAGAAAACGAAUGCGAGGAGGAGGAGGAGGAUUUCGAAGUGGUUGGGAUCACGGAUGAGGUGUUGGCGUUUGCGAGGAAUAUCGCCCAUCACCCAGAAACGUGGUUGGAUUUCCCUCUUGAUCCCGAUGAAGACUUGGAUGAUUUUGACAUGUCAAUUUCCCAACGAGACCAUGCUAUGGCUAUUGAAUAUCUUGCUCCGAGACUGGCAGCUCUGAGAAUUGAACUCUGUCCAUGCCAUAUGAGUGACAGUUACUUUUGGAAAGUUUAUUUUGUUCUUCUGCAUUCAAGACUUAACAAGGCUGAUGCAGAGAUUCUGUCUACACCUCAGGUAAUGGAAGCUAGAGCAUUGUGGAUGAAGGAGCUGCAAGAGCAAACAAAGCCUGAAACUGAUUGGUAUGGAGGAAGCAAUUCCCACUUAGGAGACAGCCAUAGUAUAAUGCACAAUGGUCUUACUCCUUCCUCUUCCAAUUAUUUUGCCUUUGAGACCAUGUCUCCUCGGACCUAUGCUUCUGAACCCGCAUCUAGCAUCUCAACAGACUAUGUGACUAAGCAUCCAGUUGAAAGUACUGAGAUGCCAUUUGUGGACAAGCCUGUUAUUGAGGAAAAACAGGUGUCUAACACUGAGGACAAGGGUAAUGUGGCUGGUCCGUCCUCAAAAAUAUGGAUUCCAGAUUUUGAUGAUGAAGAGAUUGACUGGCCAGAAGAUGAUGGUCCUGAUGUUGGUGGUUAUAGUGGGGCUGCAAUUUGUGCGGAGGAUGUAGAAGAUAUUUCUUUCAGUGAUCUUGAGGAUUUCGAUGAUAGUAGCACCCCUACAAAUUCUAAGUUAGUUUCAAAAGGAUUUGAAACUUCUAAAACAUAGACCUGGGAUUCGAUUUAGCUUGGCAUAAGCUUUGCUUGUUGGAUCAAAGAUGGAACCGGACGGCCAUUUAGUUUAAUGUAGAACCUCGGAUGAUGGACGCCAACAGCAUCAUCGAUGCAGGGGAAAUGGUUGCAGGUGGUGAAAGUGUCUCGGAACUUGGGAGCUUGUUUGUAUAUGAUGAGUGAUCAAUCAAGUGUUAAUAGAGUGUUUUUCCGUUGAUUUUUGGAAGUAUUCUGGGAUGGAAAAAGGGGCAAUGUCAAAGGACAAUUGCUUUUGUUCAUAGACAGAAAUGUGGAAGGAGUUAGAAGCAUUGAGAACAAUUUUUUUGUCUUAGUUUUCUUUGAUUGGGAUACAAGAUUUGUACAGAAAAAUCUGUAAGUUAAAGUUCCAUUCUUAGAACUUGAGAUCACGAUUCAUGUAAUUUUUUUAAUCUUUCUGCUAAAGAUUAUGUAAUAAAAGAUAUCAUUGUUCAUGA